AAACGGUUUGCUACAUUUCAAGUUUAUUUUGAAGCAUACAUUUGAGAAAGAAAAAGAAUUUUGAAUAUCACGUAUUGACCUUUGGCAUAUAAAUGGUCGUAACUGUUGCUGUAGUGUACAGAAGCAAUGUGUAGUGGAAUUAAUCGGAAAUAAAUAAAGCUAUGAACUGGUCUUUAGCCGUGUCGGUUCUGUCCGGUUCCGCUAUUUUGUUACUUUUGCUAAGAUUCUCAACUAAAAUGGCAGCAAUUUUGGCAUGGAUAGUUGGUACUAUCACUGGAUCAAGAAAAAGGGAAGAUUCUAUUGGAGAAGGUAGUCAAAUUCCUAUAGUAAAAAACUCAGAACCUGUUAUAUCUCAAGAACAAGAUAAAAAUAAGAAAGAGGAAGAACCAACAUUUGAUACAACAUUAUCUACUCCUGUAGAAGAUUUUCUAGAAGACACAAUAAAAGAAGAAUGUUCUUUAAAUAAAAAUUUGGUAACAUCUUUGCAAAAAGGAGAUAAAUUAAAGAAAAAAGAGAAAGUAGAAAAAUCUGAGAAAAGUCAAUGUAAUUCAGAGGCUGUUAACAAAGAUACAUCUACAAAAAAGAAAGUUAAAAACAAGAAUAAACCGAUACUCCCAAAAGUAUCAAAGAAUGAAGAUAUAAGUAACCCUAAACAGUUGUCUAAUUCUGAAAAUGACGAGGAAGAACCCUUUGUGACUGUAAAAGAAAGAAGCCGUAAAAAAGGUAAAGCGAUAUUACAAAAACAAAAUUCUCAGGAGAUUAUCAACAAUGUUAUUAGUAAAGGGAUAACAAAAAAGGUUACUGUCUCAAGUUCUAUUAUUGAUCAUUAUACACAGAAAGAUAUAAAAAGUAAUAAUCCUUCAGUUAAUGAGAGUUUUGUAUUAAUCAGUAAUUCACCGGCUAAUACAAAAACAGAAGCCAAAAGCAAAACUGUAAGUUCACAUAUUUCUUAUGCCAGUGUUUUAACAAAUUCCGUCUCAGACAUUAAAGAUUUAGAAGAGAAUAGUAAAGAUAUUCUUGUAAAUGAAUCUUCUACUCAACAAAAAGAAAAUAAUGAAAUUUCAAGUUCAAUUGAAGUAUUAAGUGAAUAUUCUGAGGAGUUUGAAAAUGAUACAGAAUUAGCUAAAGAAGUUUGUGAAGAUACUGUUUUGUCAGUAAAGGAAAAUAUUGUUAUAUCUGAAGAAAAUACCAAUCAGUUAUUAAACGGAGUAGAUUCCUUAAACUGUGCAGAUGUAAAUUCACAUAAGAACCAACCUUUAUUUGAUAGAACUGAUUACAUUCAGAACGCAUUCGAUUUUGUAGAUACGAGUAUUUCAGGAAAUAAUGAAAUUAAAUUUGAUGAUACAGAGAAAUUUUUAAAUGCUGAGAUUUUUACCCAAGAAAAUACAGAACUAUUUGGUAAUAAAAAGGAAUUUCUAUUUAAGAAAUCUACUUUAGAAAACAGUGCUAUUGAAAUAGAUUUAUCUAUUUUUAAUUAUUUACCAACGGUAUUUGAUUAUGAGAAAAAGAAUCAUGAGGAUCAGGCUUGUAGUUCAAUAAUAACAGAAUUUAAUUCUUCAAUAGACUUCGAAGUUGUGUCAAAAGAAAGCAAAUUUAAUGUGAUAGAAAGUCAAAGUAACUCUACUGAAAAUUGUUCCAGUAAUAUAGAGUCUUUCAUUCAAAUUAGUGAGGGUACUAAUAGUAAAUUGUCAAGUAAUACUAAAGAAGAAAUUGUUGAAAAUAAGGUUGAUGAAAAUUUAGAACCUCAACUUAUAGAAAAUAAUCCUAAUAAAAUUAAAGAGAUUGAAUCGAAACAAGUUGCAGAGAACAGUGUGGUUAAACAAGUAGUUAAUCAAGCUUCCAAAAAUUUAUUUCUAACAAACAUGACUCAAGUUAGAGUGUUAAUAUUAAACGACAAAGAACAUCAGCAGUCUACGAUUUAUCGUAUAGAAAAGACAUUCAUUCUGCAAUUUAGAUUGGGACCUUCGUUGUUAGGCAGAAAAAUCAAGUUGUACUGCAAUUAUCCGCCAGAAAAUGGAGUUUUUAACAGAGAUUCUUACCAGUUAUUAAAUUGGUGUCAAGAUGAGGGAUGUAAAAACGCCGAUGAUACAGCUUUAUUCACCUAUAUAGAAGCAAAUCUAGCUGGAAGUUUUCAUUAUUACUUUGUAUAUGACAAUGCCGACGAUCAAGAGAGACAGGGUUCAGGAUACUUUAUAGUAGACCCGCUUUUAACAUACGGAAAUAAUGAGAAACUUCCUUUGGAUUGUAUUCAAUGUCAAACUGUUCUGGCUAAACAGCUGGGUCCAUUUUCUUCAUGGGAAAGAAAAUUGGAAGUUGCUAAAGAGUCAGGUUAUAAUAUCAUACAUUUCACACCAAUUCAGGAAUUAGGAGCAUCAAAUUCUUCAUAUAGCUUAAGCGAACAACUUGUUCUAAAUCCAUUAUUCACUGAAGAGAAUAGUCCAGAAGUUACAUUUGGUGAUGUGGAGAAAUUUAUAGAUAAGCUAAGGAAGGACUGGAAAGUAUUAUCGAUUUGUGACAUUGUUUUGAAUCAUACAGCAAAUGAAAGUAAAUGGCUUAAAGAUCAUCCUGAAUCUACUUAUAAUUGUUUACACUGCCCUUAUUUGCGUCCAGCUUAUAUCUUAGAUGCAGCUUUUCACGUAUUCUCAUUGGAUGUGAAAAAAGGAAAUUACGAAAAUUGUGGUAUACCAACUGUAGUUGAUAAUGAGGACCAUUUGAACGCUAUACGUUACCAUUUCAAAACAAACGUUUUGGAGGGUUUAAAAAUUUAUCAACUGUACACCGUAGAUGUUAAUAAGUAUGUGGAAGACUUUAUGUCUUUAGCGAGAAAAACUCCACCAGCAAGCGGGGAGAAUAAAUCAUUGGAAGAGCUUAAGAUCAUUCAAGAUGUGGAGUACCGACGUCUUAAGUCUACCAUAGAUUUAGAUUUGGCUGUGAAAACGUAUAAUGUUUACAGGCAGGAUUGUUUUGAUGAGGAGUCGAGAUUAAAAAGAUGUACGGAGGAUUUUAAGACUAAACUUGAGUCGUUGAAUGACAUAGUGAUCAGGGAAGUUAACGAUGAUUUGAAUGUAGCAGUUGAAAAUGUCAUUGCUGGCAUUAGAUAUCAUAGAGUGCAGCAAGACGGACCGAGAUUUAAAGAUAUUACUGAAAACAAGCCUUUGGUUUACAGAUAUUUUACUGAUUAUGGAUCACCAAUUACUCUUAGCGAAUAUGAAGAAAUAAUGUAUUCGGAAAAUGGAAAAUACUUAAUGGCACAUAAUGGGUGGGUAAUGAAUUCAGAUCCUUUAAAGAAUUUUGCCGCCGCUGGAACAAAGACCUAUAUUCGAAGAGAACUUAUUGCUUGGGGCGACAGCGUGAAAUUACAUUAUGGUGAUAAACCUGAAGACUGUCCAUUUUUAUGGAACCAUAUGCGAAAAUAUGUGGAGCAAACAGCUAAAAUCUUUGACGGUAUUCGCCUAGAUAAUUGCCAUUCCACGCCAAUUCAUGUAGCCGAAUAUUUACUUGAUUGCGCAAGAAAAGUUAGGCCGGAUUUAUAUGUAGUUGCCGAAUUGUUCACCAAUUCAGAUUUAGUGGACAAUAUAUUUGUUAAUAGGUUGGGUAUAACUUCUUUAAUUCGAGAGGCAAUGUCUGCCUGGGAUUCCCAUGAAGAAGGACGUUUGGUUUAUCGCUACGGUGGCUUACCUGUAGGCUCAUUUUAUCAACCCAAUGUUAGGCCUCUGGUUCCAAUGGUAGCUCAUGCUCUCUUCCUAGAUUUAACUCACGAUAAUCCAAGUCCUGUUCAGAAAAGAUCUGUUUUUGACUUGUUAACUAGCUCUGCUCUGGUCAAUAUGGCUUGUUGUGCGAGUGGUUCUAAUCGUGGAUACGACGAAUUAGUUCCACAUCACAUUCACGUCGUUGAUGAAAACAGACAGUAUACAGAAUGGUCUAAAGAAGACACACUCCCUACUGGAAAUAAAUAUGUUAAUUCUAAAAGUGGUAUAAUCCCGGCAAAGAAAGCAUUGCACGAACUUCACUAUCGUUUGGGGAAAGAAGGCUACAGUCAGGUGUAUGUUGACCAAAUUGAUCCAGACAUUGUGGCUGUGACUAGACAUAAUCCAGAUACACAUUCCAGCUAUGUAUUGGUUGCUUUUACAGCAUUUUCCCAUCCAGACAUUAAUGCAGGAAAUUACCAAAGAGGCAUAAAACCGCUUAGAAUCGAAGGUGUCUUAGAUGAGAUUGUUUUGGAAGCAUCUUUAAGUCAUAUUAAUGGAGCGUCUGGUGCAUCAAAAUUUACCAAAUUUGAAAAUUUCGUUGAAGAUCCCGAAUGGAUUAAUGGCUUAUCCGAGUAUCAAGUUUCUGUAAAACAACAUAUUUCAGUCAGCGAAUCAGAUAUUUUUGAAGAAGUUGACUCUGGAUCAAAAGAUAUUUUUCAGUUGAAUUUUAAAAACUUUAAACCUGGAUCAGUAGUUGCGGUUAAAGUCUCAUUGCCUGAGGAAAUGAAUAAAUCUAUCAGUUAUCUCAGAAGCUUUAUAGACAGCAUUUCGUCUACUAAAAAUACCGAAAUCAAGCAGGUGAUAGAAAAAAUGACACUUGCUGAUAUUAAUAGGGCACUUUAUAGAUGUGGCCAGGAAGAAAGAGAUGAAGGAAACGGGUUUGAUGUUUACAACAUACCUAAUUUUGGACCCUUAGUUUAUUGUGGCUUACAAGGUUUUAUGUCACUAUUAGCAAAUAUUAGGCCUAGUAAUGAUUUGGGUCACCCAUUUUGUGGAAACUUAAGAGAUGGAAACUGGAUGAUAGAUUACAUAUGGAAGAGACUUCAAGUAGACGAGGGUACAAAAGAACUGGGUCAGUGGAUAGAAGAAAACAUAAAAUACUUAUACAAUAUUCCACGAUAUUUAAUUCCUUGUUAUUUUGAUGUCAUCGUCACUGAGAUCUAUACUUGUCUAUUAGAUCAGAGCUACAAUCUUAUGUCAGACUUUGUAAAGCAUGGAUCAAGCUUUGUAAAAGGUUUAUCUUUGGGCUCGCUACAGUUUGGAGCUUAUAUUAAAUCGGCCGAUUUACCCACCCUCUCCCCUAAUUUAGCGCCACCAAAGCCACCGGUUAGAGAAAGUUCAGACGGACGUGACAUUCAGGCCUGUGUUUCUCUAUCAGCAGGCUUACCACAUUUUUCGGUUGGCUACAUGAGAAAUUGGGGUAGAGAUACAUUUAUUGCAUUAAGGGGACUCUUUAUAUUAACUGGCAGAUUUGAAGAAUCUAGACAACAUAUUUUGGCGUAUGCUGCUUGUCUGAGACAUGGCUUAAUUCCUAAUCUUUUAGAUGGUGGAAGAAAUCCAAGGUUUAACUGCCGUGAUGCUAUUUGGUGGUGGUUAUAUUGCAUUAAAUCCUAUUGCGAAGAGGUUCCUGACGGUGUACAAAUUCUCUCUGAUAAAGUUUCUCGUAUAUUUCCCACCGACGACUCGCCAAAUCAACCACCGGGCACUGUGGAUCAGCCCUUACACGACGUAAUACAAGAGGGUUUGAAAGUUCACUUCCAAGGUUUGAAGUUCAGAGAAAGGAAUGCUGGUAGACAAAUUGAUGAACACAUGACGGAUGCAGGUUUUAAUAAUCAAAUUGGCAUUCAUCCGGAUACCGGAUUCGUUUUUGGCGGUAAUCAAUGGAACUGUGGGACGUGGAUGGAUAAAAUGGGUUCAUCAGAUAAAGCUGGAAAUCGAGGGAAACCGGCCACUCCUAGGGACGGAUCUGCUGUUGAGUUAGUUGGUUUAUCAAAGGCAGCAGUUUCUUGGUUGUGGGAAUUAAAUCAAAAAGGUCACUAUCCUUAUGAUGGCGUAGAAAGGCUACACAAAAACGGAUCCGUUACUAAAUGGACCUUUAAGUUUUGGGCAGAUAAGAUCCAAGAAAACUUCGAAAAGAACUUUUGGAUAGAUUAUGUUACUCCGAACGAAGAACCACGACCUGAUUUGAUCAACAGAAGAACUAUAUAUAAAGAUAUAUAUGGUUCUUCUCUGCCUUGGACUGACUACCAGCUUAGAUGCAACUUUCCUAUAGCAAUGGUGGCUGCUCCUGAACUGUUUAAUCCUCAGCAUGCUUGGGCAGCUCUCGAACAGGUGGAGAAAUGUCUUUUAGGACCUUUGGGAAUUAAAACUUUAGACACAAAAGAUUGGAAUUAUCGAGGGGAUUAUGAUAAUUCAAAUGAUUCUAAUGAUAUACACACUGCCCACGGAUUUAACUACCAUCAAGGACCUGAAUGGGUGUGGCCAGUAGGAUUUUUCCUUCGAGCCAAACUGAUAUUUGCGGCACAAAAUGGUUUACUUCAAGAAACUGUAGCCAGUACAAAAAUUAUUCUCGCAAAACAUCUGAUCGAAUUACAAACCUCUCUUUGGCGCGGAUUGCCUGAGUUAACCAAUAGUAAUGGUUCAUACUGUAAUGACAGUUCCAGAACUCAAGCGUGGAGCAUGUCUUGCAUUUUAGAGGUUCUGCAUGACUUACAAAAGGUCGAGUCUAGGCUGUUGAAGAACUGACACGUUGAAACCAAAGUUAGAUUAGUUC